GGAUUAGGUUUCAACAUCGAGGGAGGCCUCAACUCGCCCUUGGGUCACAGGCCUAUUUCCAUUAAGAAGUUACACAGAGGUGUGUUUUGCGCCAUGUGGCAUAUCGGUGACGUCAUCGUCUCGGUGAACGGCACGGCGAUGGAGGGCAUGACGUCAGUGCAAGCCUGGAAUCACAUGAAGACACUUACGGACGGCGAAAUCAAAAUACUGGUGCUGAAGAAGAAGAAGAUGAAUUAA